AGGAGUUCCGGUGUUUUGCCCUCAACAUGUGCAGUACAGGCUUACUUCCGGGGCUUCAGAAGCGAAGGUUAGCUGAAGGCGUGCUUGCCUGUCUAGUUAAAUAUGCAAGUGUAUGAUUACAUAGCCUACUCUAAGGUAGGUACGGAGAUGAGAAAAAGGGAAGGUUCAGCGAUGUUUUCACAGGUGUAGAACAGCUGUAAUUGAGUCUCUUGCCGUUUGUACGGCGGUGAGUGGGACUUGGAGACAACGUUCUUUCGCCGCUAUCACGAAGGAAGAGAAUAGCCUCGACUCCUACCGCUGCGCAGAAGGAAUUCUGCUUCCACACUGCGGAUGCGGCAUUCCUUUUGCUCUUGUGUAGCACUGACCUAUGCAAUCUAACGGAUUUUUGUUUUCAUCUUCAAAUAACUUGUUUGAUUUUCAAGGAGGUAACUUCUGAAGGUGUAUCCCAGGACAAGAAACUAGAAAGUGGGAGGAGCGCCUGGGUAACCCUUCGCUAAUUAUGAACCGGUUCAGAAAGUGGUUGUACAAGCCGAAGGAGAGCCUGGGCCAGUGUCCAUGUAUUUCAGAGCAGCCGUUCAUGGCCCCCAAUUGAAGUUCUUCUUGACCCGCCACCUGGAAUGGCCACAGCUCCAAGAGGGUAAUAUCCUGUCACCUGAUUCCUCCAACUCUUCCAGGAGGCGCUCAGACCCACAACUCCUGGCUCAAUUCUACUAUGCUGACGAGGAGCUGAACCAGGUGGCAUCCGAGUUGGACAGCCUAGAUGGCCGGAAGGACCCCCAGCGAUGCACCUUGCUGGUCAACCAGUUCCGCUCCUGCCAGGACAAUGUGCUGAGCAUUAUUAACCAUAUAAUGGAUGAAUGUAUACCAGAAGACCGAGCCAACAGGGACUUCUGUGUGAAAUUUCCAGAGGAGGUCCGUCAUGACAACCUGGCAGGACAGCUGUGGUUUGGGGCAGAGUGCCUGGCUGCCGGCUCCAUCAUCAUGAACCGAGAAGUGGAGAGUAUUGCUAUGCGCCCACUGGCCAAAGACCUAACACGCAGCCUGGAGGAAGUGCGCACUCUCACCCGAGACCAGGCACUCCGCGACCUCAACAUCUACAGUGACCGCAUGUGCCAGGCUCUGCGCCAUUUCGACAGCCUAUUUGCUGAGUUUGAGCUCAGCUAUGUGUCAGCCAUGGUGCCAGUGAAAUCCCCCAGGGACUAUUAUGUGCAGCAGGAGGUGAUUGUACUCUUUUGUGAGACAGUGGAGAGGGCACUAAAGCUGGGCUACCUCACACAAGACAUGAUGGAUGAUUAUGAGCCAGCUCUAAUGUUCACCAUUCCCAGGCUUGCUAUUGUAUGUGGUCUAGUGGUAUACUCAGAAGGCCCCAUCAACCUGGACCGUAAGCCUGAGGAUAUGUCUGAGCUUUUUCGACCCUUUCGCACCUUACUGAAGAAGAUCAGGGACCUGCUGCAGACUCUUACAGAAGAAGAACUGCAGACACUGGAGCGCAGUCUCUGCGUGUCCCAGGACGAGGAGGAGGAAGUGGCAUCCCCUGUUAUCCCCUCUGCCCCAGCCUUUAGCCCCUCAAUCACUGAGCUUCCCCAGUAUCAGGAGCAGGAGGAGAUGGAGCCCACUUGUAGCUCUGCCCACCUUGGGGAGGGGAAAGAGGGCUGGCUGAAUGCGGUGCUAGAGGAGAACCUGGCCUGCUCCAUGCAGUACGAUGAGGAAGAGCUGGAGCAGCUCAACCUCAUGGUGCACCGUGCGGGGGACCAAAUGUCUAGCCUGUUGUCGCCUGCACACCACAGCGCUGAGGCCUCGCCCCACCGGGUACCCCCCCAGGAGGAAGAGGAUGGGGAAGAUGAUCAGGUGUUCUUCAUGGAGGACCUGGGGAGGAUGGGAGAGGGCACAGGUGAAUCUGAGAGGCUGCAGGGCUGCAAUUUGGAGUUUGAGGUCCCUAGACCUACCCCUUUCCAGAACAGCUGGUCCCAAUACUGCGUGGUAGAGGCGGCCCUUCAACGCAGAAAGAAUCAUCACUGCCCUGAUAGCAAGGCCUCUGUGCCAGAUCCCACAGAGACCCCUGCUAGUAUGAGUGGCUGGGAGGCAGGCACGGAUGAGGUGGAGACGGCAGAGCUGAUUGCCCACCGCACUGGUGGCAUGAAGCUUUCUGCAACUGUCAUCUUCAACCCCUGCUCCCCUGUGCCUGCUGACCCGCCACAGGGUGUUGAGCCCUGCCCCACCAAGAUAGGUGGCUUGGUCGCCACACACAGCCUGCUCCAUUCCUGUGUUUGCUGUGGCAGCUGUGAGGACUCUGUUGACGCUGCACCUUUCCCACCCCGCCCAGUCACCCAGGCCUCUGACUGCCUGACCUCUGGGAAUGACCUGCCUGGGAAGGAAGGCAGUUCUGCCCACACACCGUGGACAGGGAAGGCCCCUCCUUGCUGUGAAAAGUGCCUGACCCUGCGCUCUGGGUCCCCAGAGAUUGGGGACCUGGGGUCUUGCAACCACCUGAGGCAGACUGACAGCCAGAGACAGGCCACUAGGGGACUUCAGGACAUCAGGAUUGGGCCUGGAAGGGAAGAGCAAGAGAAUGCCAUCAUUAAUACUAGGUCCCGAUCCAAUCCAGUUUGCAGCCUGACCACCACCUCCGGGAUCUCGGACCAGGAUGACCACCAGUUCCAGCUAGCCCUACAAGAUAGCAAGACGGCUGCACAUGACAAGAUCCGCUCCCGCUUCCACAGCAGCAGUGACCUGAUCCACCGACUCUUUGUCUGCAUCUCAGGUGUUGCUGACCAACUGCAGACCAACUAUGCCAGUGACCUCCGCAGCAUCCUGAAGACACUGUUUGAAGUCAUGGCAACCAAGCCUGAGAUGGAGGACCAGCAGAAACAGAAGAAAGGUCCAGGCCUGUGUUGUGUGGUUCUGGAGGACUGUGCCUUGUGCCAAGAGACUGUCACCUCCUCAGAACUGGCAGCCAAAGCCCGGGAGGGUCAAUUUGAAGAUCUCCCAGACUGGGUCCCUGAUGAAGCCUGUAGUUUUUGUACUGGCUGCAAGGCCCCCUUCACUGUUAUUCGUAGGAAACACCACUGCCGGAGCUGUGGCAAGAUUUUCUGCUCUCGGUGCUCCUCCCACUCUGCACCACUGCCUCGCUAUGGCCAAGUGAAGCCUGUGCGUGUGUGCACACACUGCUACAUGUUCCAUGUCACACCUUUCUACAGUGACAGGACCGGCAUUUGACCCUACAAGCCUUCACAUGUGCAGCAUGGACUGCAGGAUAGACCUCUCCUACCAGAAACUGCUCCAUUUAUCCACAAUUUUCCAUGGAAACUUGAGCACCUUCCUGUACUGCACGACUCACAGCCCCUGAAAUUCCCCAGCACUCCUUCCUUUAACCACAAUCCCAUACUGCUACUAGGUGCCUCCAUUAAAAAGCAUAACAACCACUGAUAAACUAGGCAUUACACUGGGUGUGGAUGAUAUCUUCCUUAAUAAACAAACUGCAAUGUAGAAUACAUUAAAGCAACCUGCAUUUUGUCCUAUGUUCUAAUAUUAUUGCUAAGCUGCUAAAUCAAAACCUCUUGAUCCUGUGAUCUACUAUUGACUGCAGACCCACCUUGGGCUGACUCAUCUCUGUCUCUACCGGCUGUCCACACCGGUUGUGGUCCUGUUAUAAAAGUGUCAAGUACAGCAGAAGGAAAACCACAAUCGCUUGAAGGAUUUUACAGUUUUGAAUGGAACUAAUGAGAUUUGACUGAGAAACAGCAAAGCUUGUGUAAGCUUCUGAAAUAAUGUUCACAAUUUCAAGUUAUGUUGAUUAUUACUUCUGUGAUGUGAGAGAAGAGGAUGAGUGAAGACCCAUGUCUCCACAUUUUUAACGCUAUAAAUGAUCAGUGGAAACUUUAUAGUUUCGGUGAUUGCUAUGUUGUUGUAGAAACAAACAGAUUUAUUUUAUUUUAACAUUUUGUUGCCCUGGGCACUUAGGAAAUAUUCCUGUUGAAAAAUAUUCCUGCGUUUUAAAAAAAAAAUUGUAAUGAAAAACAAUGUUUGUUUUUUUUUUUUGGUUUAAAAUUAGUAUCUUAAUAAGCACAUGUGUAGGUUGUGAGUUCGGCUUUGGGAGAAACCUGCCCGACUGGAAUUCUGAUUCGGACGAUCAGCUUAUGGAGGGAACUUACUAAUCAAUCUGCUGGGUUUCAAAAUCAAGACUUUGGCCUUGUUUUUGUUUAUUCUGUACAAAUAUGCAUACAAUGGCUCAUUCAAUAUAUACUGGUCAUUUGGUUAGGCUGAGUCCUAUUGCCUCAUAUUUGAAUCUAGGUGUGAACCUUUCAUUAGCCAACCAGAAACCAGGGUAAAAUGCUGAACAAGCUCUGUCUAUUGAUGUACCAGGGGCCCAUAGGCUGCUGGUUGUCAUCAGUGAGCUACAUCCCUUCUCCCAUUGGCAGUACCUAGACUGUAGUACUGUACAGUUUGUGGUUUGGAACGUGGUCACUGUCUGACUGAAGUUCUUUGGAGGAGUACAUACAUAUUAGCUUCAGUGCUUCUUGCAUGACAGUCAUACAGCAUGACUAUAGAGGUUUAUUGUCAAUUGAUUAGUAGUGACACAAUUAAGGAUUCCAAAUCUGGAACGAAAAAAAAGCAAAAAUACUCAGAAAUCUAAUAAAAUAACUGUGAAUGUGCAAAGCAUUGCAACAAAAAAUGUGUCCACAUUACCAAAAUGCAUAGUUGUCAGGCCUCUGCUUUUGCAACUCCACAAUUACUCCCCCCGCCUCCCCCCCCAACACACACAGAUACACACACAGAUACACACAGGGGAGCACUCCUGGUGCUUGGAUUCAUAUAUGGGCUCCCACUUUGAACCUGAACAUACAGCUGUUAAUCUCUCUCAAGCCCAGCUUGAUAAAUGUUCACAUGUCUAAUCGAACUUUUCAGAGCUGUAAUGGAACUUUGUGUAACUGAUUAGCUUGAUCUAUUAUCUCUGAACAGAAUAUGUCCCUGUAAACAAUAGAUGCAUGUUGAGUCCUUGGGCUCAGAGCCAUGUGUUCCAGAGAUUUUGCAGGCUUUAGGAGAACCCUUUGUGGAAAACAACACAACUUUGGUAAGACCUCAUAGAAAAGCAGCAAAAUCUAGAAAAUUCCUUUUAGCAUGGUCUGAUUUCACACCACAAUUUCCCCAACAUUCUGACAGCUUUAUUGUUGAUAAUGAAUUCAGAUUUUAGUUUUCCUGUAUCCUUAUUAGCAUAAAUGUUCCACCAUAAGGAAUUCAUUUUAUGCUGAGCUUGAUCAGACCAAAAGUUUUUACCUUGAAGUUUCCAGGUCUAUUCAUCUGGUAACAGAUUGGAGUAACAUGGAAUCAGGGAAAUAAUAGAAUAACAUUGGGAUGGCAGGUAUGCCAUCCCGCCAUGUUACGCCUUGGCGGGGGCAUGCCCCAUGCCUAUACAGCACCGAGAGUUUGGCACUUUUCAGGGUUCCCCACAG